AUGAGACGAUAUAUGCCACCAGAAGUGCUAAAGGAAGAGGGUCCAUUUGCCUUCUUUGCAACGGAUAUAUGGUCCCUUGGAGUUAUUCUUUAUGAGGCUACAUUUGGCGAAAAGUUUUUGGGACGAAUUGAAGGGAAUGAUCGAAGUCUUUUUUAUCAGGCGUUGAAUUCAUUUUUCAAUUUAAAAGAUACAAUUGAUCUGGAAGCCACUUUCUCUGGAUACAAGCUCUGCUUCUCACAUCAAACCAUGUUGGAAGGAUUUCUGAGAUACGAUUACAGGACGAGGCUCAACUUUAAGCAAAUGGAACUACUACUCAAUUCAACAUGGGACGAGCCUGAGAAGGAUUCCGAGGGAAAGAAGUCCCUUUAUAGCGUGCCGGAUGUAACUUUUGGAUCUGGC